AUGUCAGAGAGAGACACGAGAACACCUUGGUAUCUCACACAACCUGAAGAGGAACUAGUUCAUAAAUUUAAUUAUAUACAACACACGGAGGAUAGCCAUUUAAGGGAAGCCACCAAUGGUACUAAAAAUUCUAAGUGGUCGCUAGGUGUGAGUAUAGAAGAACAAAAUGAUUAUAGGAAUAGAUAUGUUAACAUUAUGCCAUAUGAGAGAAAUCGUGUAAAACUUCCUGUGGCAAAGGGGAAUGAUUAUAUCAACGGGUCGUACGUUAAGGUCGACGUCGAUGGUCAGAGUACAGCUGCAGGGCAUUAUAUUGCAACUCAGGGUCCAACGAAAUACACAUGGCAACAAUUUUGGCAAAUGUGUUACCAUGAGUGUCAAAGUAAUGAUAUCGUCAUUGUGAUGGUAACCCCCCUUGUUGAACGUGGUAGAGAAAAAUGUUUCCCAUAUUGGCCUCAAGGUAUGAAUAAAGAUGAUAUGUUUAAAAUUAUACCUAGAGUGCAAUCACCUGGUGGACCUGAUGAUACGAGUGUGUUUAAAACAGAGAUGAAGGUGGACUACGUCAAUAGUAGUCGUUUUGAUGACAAUUAUACUUUAACAACCAUGAAUCUAGCACCUACUGAUGGAAAUCUGGGUCCCAAAAAGAAGGUACACCAUUUUUAUUUUGAUCAAUGGAAGGAUAUGAGUAGACCAGAAGAAAUAAUACCCAUCAUGGAGUUGAGCAGACAUUCCCAUAAAUUAAACGUUACAGGUAGCCCUAUCAUAGUUCAUUGUUCAGCAGGAGUAGGGAGAUCCGGUACAUUUAUUGCACUAGAUCAUUUAUUGCAUGACACGAAGGAUUUUAUGGUCCAAGAUAACAAUGAUAAUAAAGGUAAAUUACGCAUGUUGAAACCAGUUACCAAUUAUAAGAAGGAUUUGAUAGAACAAAUUGUAUCUCAGCUACGUUCACAGCGUAUGAAAAUGGUGCAGCUUAAGGAUCAGUAUGUGUUUAUAUAUCAUGCUGCAAAGUUAUUGUAUUCCCUUGAUUGUGAUAAUACGUUAGAAUAG